GGCUUUCUGACUCUUUGCUCUUCUGUUCUCCCGAAGUGAAGUUGCUGGCGCAAGACCCACGAGAAUUACUACCCAUUAAUUGCUUUUGGGCAGCACCAUGCGCCUGGUAGUGUUUUGGCUGCCCAUACUCACCAAUGCCCUUGUCGUGCCUGUGAACAAGCGCACUGUCGCAACGCGCCGGUCCGCGGCCACACUCAAACGAACCGAGGCGCCGCCCCUCGACGUCAAAAACGAGGCGCCGCCCGUAGACGACGCGACUGCCGCCGAAACCGACAGAUCGCACGGCUUCGCCGAGGGCCCGAGCGUCGCGUUCUGGCAGAAAUACGCGCCACCGGCCGAGGGCGGCAUCGGCAACCUGCGGGCGGCGGCCGCGAAGGCCCUCCAGAGCGGCGCGAAGGGCGCCGACGCGAUGCGCUACUACGGCUACCACCUCGCGCGCGCCACGUUCUUCGCGGGGCAGGGCGCCGCCGGGGUUCUAGCCUACCAAGCGAGCGCGUCGUCGGCGCCGUACCGCGGCGACCCCGCGACCACCGAGCCGUCGAAAGGCCCGCCGCGGUCGCCGGCCUUUGAAUUACCUAUCCUAGUCGAUACCAUGGGCGCCCUUUUCGCCGAGGCGGUCGCGACUUAUGAGCAAGAUUUCGGCGAGGUCCAGAAGGGCACCUUCCCGCUGCCGUGGGACAUGGUCGACGGCGUGCGCAACCGGCAGACGUCGCCGCUCUUCCUCGCGGACCAGGCGCGGCGCUACGUGAACGAGGCCAUUUCCAUCCUGACGAAGCGCAACCGGCGGGACCCCGGCGACUUCGGCGUGCCCUACGGCGGCAACGCGGACCUCUACCCGGACUACUACCUGAACAACUUCCACUUCCAGACGGACGGCUGGCUGUCCAGCGACUCGGCGAAGUUGUACGAGACGUCCACGGAGACGCUGUUCCUUGGCCGCCAGGACUCGAUGCAACGGCUCGCGUUGUACCCGAUUCGGUCCUGGGCCGCCACUGAUGAUUUCAAGGUGCUCGAGGUCGCCUGCGGGACCGGUCGUUUGAACACCUUUCUACGGGACGCCUAUCCGCGCAUGGACGUGUCUGCUGUAGAUCUAUCGCCAUUUUAUUUGGAGGAGGCCAGAGGCCACGCCAAGCGCUGGGAGGCGUUCCGGCGGCGGACGCAGCCGUCGCAGCGCGUCGGCACGGCAAAGUUCGCCCAGGCCAACGCGGAGAAGCUGCCCCAGGCCGACGAGUCCGUCGAUGUCGUCGUCAACGUGUACUUAUUCCACGAGCUGCCCCACGAGGCGCGGCGCGCGGCGGCGGCCGAGAUGGCGCGAGUGUGCAAGCCCGGAGGCCUGGUCGUCUGGGUCGACUCGGUUCAGACGGGCGACCGGCCAGCGCUCGACGCGACGUUGGGCAACUUCCAGUACCUGAACGAACCCCACUAUCCUACAUAUAUCAACGAAGAUGUCGGCGCCCUUUUCAUGGAAGCGGGCCUGGAGCCCUUCGAGAAGCACACGUCGUCGACGUCGAAGUGUUUGUCAUUCGUCAAGCCCUGCGCCGCCGACGACGACUACUGCCUCACGAAGGUCGCCUAGUGCACACAAGGACCCAUUUUUGCUUUGCUUCGAGCUAGGCCGCCGACUAAGUGGCCGCC